AUUUCCCUCACUCUCUCAUUCGCUCUUACUUCGUUUCUCUUUCUUUGCACUAUUUCUAGAGAGAGAAACUAACUUCCAUAGAUCGACAAUUCUGUCAAUGAGUCUCCGAUCAGCUCCCGCAGGACGGAAUCUCUGAGCUCCGAGGCUGAUUUUGAAUACACUGUAUACCCCCUUUUGCGUGUGUGUAUGUACCUAUAAGAUUCUAGCUUUGGUCACAAGGGUACUUCAUUUCUACUCUACAUUAUACUUCGAAGAUUCACAGUAAUUGUAGGUGUUUGGGUCUUUGAGCUGGAAUGAAUAAGUGAGGGUUUUGGUGGGUUUUCUGUGGUGGAUUUGACUGAAACGUAGGACUAGUACUAAGUUUCAAUUUUAUGGUGUUUGGGUGGAGCCAAGAUCUGUGUUUGGUGCUCCAAUGGACUUGUUGAUGAUUGAUGUUCACUUCAAGUGGAUAACUUUGGUUGAUUUUAAGGUCUAUGUGUUGAUUUGAACUCCAUUAUCGGUUAAGAUGGGUGUAUCAGUGGAUUCUGAUAUGGGAUUUUACAGGACCUUGAGAAUUAGUUAGAAAACCUUCAUAUUGGUAAGCUUCGAAACUUUGGGUUGCUUCAGAGGCCGACAUAGCCUUUCUCUCUUCAAAAUCUUUGUUGAAAAAGAGGCGUUUUAGGAUGUCCGGAGCACCAAGGGUUAGGUCCAUGAAUGUUGCCAAUUCAGAGACCAGGUUUGUCCUUGGACCUGCAGGGAACAAGGCUGGGUCAUUGAAAGACCGAAAACCUGCCUCAAAACCAAUAAAGGCCCAAAAAUCACCCGAGGAUGUUAUGGUGGCUGAAGAGAAGAAAGCACUUGCAUAUACUACCAUCACAACGGCUUCAUCUCCUAAAGCGCAUUCAGUUCUUCGGCGCCAUGAACAAUUAUUGCAUUCAAAUUUAUCACUCAAUGCUUCAUGUUCUUCUGAUGCCUCUACAGAUUCCUUCCCCAGUCGUGCAUCUAUUGGCAGGUUAACACGGUCAUUUAGUACAGGAAGUAGGAGGAAGCAGAAUGUUUCAAAGCCAAGAAGUGUUGCUUCAGAUGGCUGUUUAGAAUCUUCUUUGAUUGAUGGCUCGUCGAGCAAGAAGAGGUGUGCUUGGGUGACACCAAAUACUGAGCCGUGUUAUGCUGCUUUCCACGAUGAAGAGUGGGGCGUUCCAGUACAUGAUGACAAGAAAUUGUUUGAGCUUCUUGUCCUUUCAGGUGCUUUGGCAGAACUUACAUGGCCUGCCAUUCUCAGCAAAAGACACAUAUUUUGGGAAGUUUUUCUAGAUUUUGAUCCCAUUGCUGUCUCCAAAUUGAAUGAGAAGAAGCUAAUGGCACCAGGAAGCACCGCGAGCUCCCUUUUAUCAGAACUUAAACUGCGUGCUAUCAUUGAGAAUGCACGCCACAUAUCUAAGGUGAUAGAAGAGUUUGGGUCAUUUGACAAAUAUAUAUGGAGUUUUGUCAACUACAAGCCUAUAGUUAGCAAAUUCCGGUACCCUCGCCAGGUUCCGGUGAAAACUCCAAAAGCAGAUGUAAUAAGCAAAGACCUGGUGAGAAGGGGAUUCCGCAGUGUAGGCCCCACUGUUGUCUACUCAUUUAUGCAGGUAGCUGGUAUAACAAACGAUCAUCUCAUCGAUUGCUUCAGAUUCCACGACUGCAUAAAUGAGGCAGAAGGGAAGGGAGAAAAUGGCAUCAACGUUGCAGCAGACACAGAGAGAAGACCAGACGGAGCGAUGGAAUCUGAAUUGUCCAUAGCUAUCGACAAAUUGAGUUUCUCAUCAGAGUGAUAAACUUGGGUAUCUUUGGUGGCACAUUGGCCGAUUCACAGCUACGCUUCCCGGGUGGUAAUGAAAGUGAUUUUGUGUUAAAACCUCACGAUUCCUUGUGCAUUAUGGAUUUCUAGAUUGUAGAUUCAGAAGUUAAUGUCAAUAGACUGAUGAACAUGCUUAAUACUAAUGUAAUAUUUUCUGUACAGUUGCAAGGGUUGGUUGGGAUUAUUUCACUAAACAAAGAUCCGAUCUUUGAUUGA